AUGGAGCCAGAGGACAUUCCCUUAGGUUACUGGACGCACAUCAACUUUGCCUUCGCUCUCAUCAACCCUAAUACAUUUGGUAUCGAAGAUAUGGACCCCGGCACCGGUUCGCGCUAUACUCGCGUCGCGGGUCUCAAGGAGAAGCAGCCCGAUCUCAAGGUCUGGAUCGCCGUCGGAGGAUGGGCCAUGAACGAUCCCGGCCCGUACCGCACCGCGUUUUCUGACAUGGCCGCCAGCGAGGCCAAGCAAGACAAGUUCUUUGACUCACUGUUGACCUUCAUGAGGCGGUAUAACCUAGAUGGUGUUGAUCUAGACUGGGAAUAUCCCGUGGCAGAAGACCGAGGUGGCAUACCUGCCGACUUCGAUAACUAUGUUAACCUGCUAAGACGACUUCGUGAGCGCUUGAACUCGUCCGGUAAAUCAUACGGUAUUAGCCUGACCCUGCCUGCCUCUUACUGGUACCUUCGCGGCUUCAAUCUCCAAGGAAUGGAGCCCUAUCUUGACUGGUUCAAUAUGAUGACGUACGACAUUCACGGCGUCUGGGACGCCAGUAUCGACAGCCUCGGCCCCAUCGCCCAAGCGCACACCAAUCUGACCGAGAUCAAGAUGGGACUUGAGCUUCUGUGGCGUAACAACAUCAAUCCAGCGCGCGUCGUCCUUGGCCUUGGGUUCUACGGUCGUAGUUUCACCAUGAAAGACCCUGGAUGUAUGACGGCUGGCUGCGAGUUCUCUGAAGGCGCCAACGGUGGCGCGUGUACUGGCACCCCCGGUGUGCUGUCGGCUGCCGAAAUCAACGAGGUCAUCGCCAAUGGUGCUAGUGUCACUCACGAUGAGGCAGCCGCUGUCAAGAUCGUCACCUGGGAUUCGAACCAGUGGGUGUCAUUUGACGAUACGCAGACCUUGCGGUCGAAGAUCGAUUUCGCGCAUGAGCAUUGCUUGGGUGGCACCAUGGUCUGGGCUAUCGAUCUCGAUGACGGCACACUUACCGAAGCGCUCGGUGAAAACAUCGCGCGACGCAAGCUACCCACAUACAAGCCCAUUCAGGUCGCUGAAUGCGGUGCAAGACCAGAAUUGUAG